ACGAUGCCACGCGCCACUAACCAUGGCCCACUGCGCAACAGUCACUUCAAAAUUACAUAAAAGUUGGCGACUUCCUUUCGCUCUUGCCAAUACCGACGACGACUCCGCCGCGCCGUAGCUGUCGAAGAGUCUGGCUUUUUCGUCUCGUGUCCGAUGAAAAGUCCGAAAAUCGGACAAAGCCCGAAGUGGACACGGAAACGGGAAAAACGUGCUGAGAAAGGGAAGAUCGCGAAACUUCUGGCUGGUGCGGAAACUACGAGCGCACGAACCAAGAAGAGCAACAUUCGCCGCCUGAAACAGAAAAAACCUUGCGGGAGUCCCGAGCUCAGCGCGAGUCGGCGACAGCUUCGGAUUGCGUGAGUCUCUGUCUGAGUUGCUCCCGUGCGAGUCAUCUUUCUUGGGUUGCUCAGGUUCUUGAUUGGUUGUUCAAUGUCUGGUCGGUAACCAAGUGCUUCUACACAGAUCAUCAAAAAUUGGAAAUUGCAUUCGGGUACCGAACAAGAUGGGGUCCGAAGGGCCAAAGCCCAUCACGAUAAAUGUAAGUGGAUUCAAGAAAUUUCAAGGUGUCCCCGAAAAUCCCACGGAGACUAUUGUUAAUAAUCUGACAAGUUUUGUCGAGAAGAAAAGGCUACCGCCUGGAGUGACUCUUGGGACCUGCACUGUACUAGAAACUGCAGGUGAUGGUGCACUUCCCAUGCUUUUCGAAGUUAUGGAAUCUGGCAUCUCGAGCAAUGGUUCUACAAGUGACGAACAAGUUGUGUGGCUUCACCUGGGGGUAAAUAGUGGUGCUCUUAAGUUUGCCAUCGAGCAACAGUCGGUUAAUGAAGCCACUUUUCGUUGUCCAGACGAGCUAGGAUGGCAACCUCAGCAACUUCCAAUAGUUCCUGAAGAUGGCCAAACUUCUCGAACAAGACAGACUUCCUUAUCCACGGAAGCAAUCCUUAAGUUCCUGAGGAAGAAGGGCUAUGACGUGACUCUUUCGAAGGACGCUGGCCGUUUCGUCUGCAACUAUGUCUACUACCACUCUCUUCGGCUUGCAGAACAAAGGGGUAGCAAAUCUCUCUUUGUACACGUUCCUCCCUUCUCUAGAAUCGAUGAAGAGACUCAGAUGAAUUUCGUAGCCUCCCUCUUGGAAGCUAUUGCGUCAUCCUGCUAACGUCGAGAUGAAGGGGUUCUCUUUGUGUCUCAUUUUGUUCUUUUGACUGUGAUGUUCUUGCAAGUUGUAAGAGAAGUCAUGUUGGAUUCCAUCAGGUACAGGGAGACUUUUGUGACUUUCAGCAACUCUUCUUACCAAGGCCAAUAGAU